AUGGCGUCCCAAAAGGAACAGGCUCCUUUGCCUUUCCGCUAUACUUUUGCGGCCGGCGCCAUUGCCGGAGUUUCUGAAGCACGUUGUCCCCUAUGGUACCCUCUAGAUGUGGUGAAGACAAGAGUACAACUGCAGACCGGCAAGGGCGCCGGGUCCGAUGCGUACACUGGCAUGCUUGACUGCUUCCAAAAGAUCAUCCGCCAUGAGGGUUUCUCGAGACUCUACCGCGGUAUCACCGCCCCCAUUCUCAUGGAAGCCCCCAAGCGUGCGACCAAGUUCGCCGCCAACGACAAGUGGGGCAAAUUCUACCGCGACCUGUUCGGCCAGCAGACCAUGACCCAGUCCCUCUCCGUGCUGACGGGUGCGUCAGCCGGUGCGACCGAGUCCUUCGUCGUGGUACCCUUCGAGCUCGUCAAGAUCCGCCUUCAGGACAAGGCCUCGGCCGGCAAAUACAACGGCAUGAUUGACGUGGUGGUCAAGACGGUGCGCAACGAGGGUCUUCUGGCCAUGUACAACGGGCUCGAGUCCACACUUUGGCGCCACAUCCUCUGGAACGCGGGCUACUUCGGCUGCAUCUUCCAGGUCCGCCAACUUCUCCCCAAGGCCGAGACCAAGGGGAAGCAAACCGUCAACGACAUCAUUGCCGGUACCGUCGGUGGCACUGUCGGUACCAUCCUCAACACCCCGAUGGACGUUGUGAAGAGUCGCAUCCAGAACAGCAUCCGGGUUGCCGGUGAGACGCCCAAGUACAACUGGGCAUGGCCAGCCGUGGCCACCGUGGCCAGGGAGGAAGGGUUCGCCGCCUUGUACAAGGGCUUCAUCCCCAAGGUGCUGCGGUUAGGACCUGGCGGUGGUAUUCUGCUUGUUGUUUACACUGGUGUGAUGGAUUUCUUCCGUAAGAUGAGGGAUGGCGAGGCGUAG